AUACGAGCUUGCCAAGAAUCUUUAAAAUUGCGGAUAAGGUGCGAAGCGCCGUUCCGCCACCUUCUUAGGGUUUGCGGAUGGUAGGCUCCAAUGCUACGUUGCCUUACUAUGGCUUGGAAAUGUAUAAUAAUCCUAGUGGAGGAGCAUGGGCACCAGGCAUGGCAAUGCCUCCACUGGGCUUUGGUGUAGUUGCACAGCAACCCACUGGUAAUCGAAUGAUGGCUGCAGGGCAGCAAAUUCCCCCUCAAGCCCAGCCUGUGGCUGCUUGGCAACAGCAGCAGUACAUUGCUGCACAGAUGGGCAUGGCAAGUGCUGCAGCUGUUGGUGUCCAGCCUAUGCCACAGCAGCAACAGCAAGGAUUUCACCAGUAUCAACAACCUCAACAACUUUAUCCACAGCAGCACUACCAGCAACAACAGUGGAUUGAAGCUCAGAAGAAAGUAGCAGAGGAACAAAAAAAGUUUUAUGAUCAAAUGAUGAAACAGAGACAGUUUGAUGAGCAGAAGAUGAGGCUAAAAGCUUUCAGCAACUCCAGAAAGGGUGGUGUUAGUGCAGAUUCUAUGAUAGAAAAUAUUCUUGGUCCAAAAGACUCACAGAAACCUAAAUCUCCUCCAGCACCAAAGAAGGCGCCAGUAAGUGAAGGAUCUAAGGUAGCAGAAUCUUCCUUAGCUAAGCAAGGAACAGCUGUUGACUGGUCAAAAAUGAACAAUAUUGAAACGCUCUUUACAUCCACAAAGGAAGGGCUUUCACUUCAGCCAGCUUCACAUACACCAGUUGUUAGUGCAGCAUCAGAAAAUGUGGCUGGAGAUCAUGGUGUGGACCCUAGCUGUUUGGGAGUUAAACUUGCCUUUUCCAGUUCGGGUGUAGCAUCAGGUCAUGUGGGUAACACACCUCCACAACAAGUGAAGUCUUCUGAUCAUGCAGUUGUUGUACCCAAUGGCCCUUCUGGGACUGGAGGUAACCCCAUGCCCUGUCAGAAACCUCAUGGUAAAUCAAUUCCUCUUCCAUCAUGGCUAAGUGACAAAGCCAGUAUCCCUGCUGUUUAUAGGCAUGCAUGUUCAUUAGUUGAAGGCAAAGAUGGAUGGGUAGACACCAGUCGGGCUUAUAUGUUACUUAUGAAGACUGGUUUACCCCCUCCUUUCUUGGGAAUCCUCUGGGAGAUGGUCAACCGAACCCAGCCAGGGCAGCUUUUAGACCAGGAGUUUACUACUUUAUUAGCACUAGUGGCACUUGUUCAGAGUGGUCAAGCAAUUACUAGCCCUGAUGUGUUAAGCCUGACAGCUGAACCUGUUCUGCCUGUCAUUGAUCAUCCUGCUCUCCUUCCGUUGGUACAAGAUUAUAUCCAGCAUAGGCAGCAAAUUCAGCAACAACAGCAGCAACAACACCAACAGCCACAACCUCAACAACCAUUACCACAGCUUCCUGGGAGUUCUGAAAAAGAAAACUUACAAGAAGUGAAUAAAGAAGAUGACGAUGAAUUUGAGGAUUUUGUGAGUGGUCCAACUCCUAUUAAUGGCCCAGGGGAUUUUAAUAGCCUUGCAGGGUCUGUGAACAACCAAGUAAAUGUGAUAUCAUCUCAGUCCCUAGCUGCAACAACUGCAUUAACAACUCCACAGUUAGGCAAUAAGCCCAUCCCACCUCCCAUUGAGAAAAUGAAAAAAAUGAAUCUCCCUGAAGUAGGCUUUUCCCCAGAACUCUCUCCCAGUACUAGUUUUGAUCAUGCACUUGAUGAUGACUUUGAUGAUUUUCAGAGUGCAGCCAUGACUAAUGUUUCGGGGUCAUCGUCCUCAGUGGCUCCUCAAACCAAUCAGGUGCUUUCUUCAACAUCCACAGAAGCUUCUUCCAGUUGUAAUGCAUUAUCUCAGGAUAGUUUUAGUAAUCUAAAUAAUUGUCAAGAUAGAUAUGCAGUUUUUAGGGAACUGGAAUUGGGAGGGGAAGAUUCUGCUGCUGGUAACACAAAUUCUUUACCACAUGAUAUGGGAAGUAAUGAUGAUAGCUUUGGUGAUUUUUGUAGCAGUGAGCCUGCUAGUUUAACAUUAGCGUCUUCCACGUUUCCGCCUUUAAUGACUAAUACAGCUGGUUCAGGAACAAGUAACACUACUCCUGUAAGCUUUGAGGUCUUCAGUACUCCUCCUGAAGUGCCUGAAUCCUCAGUUGAUGCCCAAUUUGAAGCUGAUUUUGGGGUGUUCAACUCUGCUCCAUCCCAACAGCCAUGUAAUUACGCUGACAUCCAUGAAGCUAUGAAGCGUGUAGAAGAGGAUCAAAAACAGAAAGCUCAAGACAACUGGGCUGAUCCUUUUGGUGAAUUUGAGGAAGCUGGAAGAUCCAUUGCAUCCACCACACAACCUAUACCCCAGCUAAAUAUGGAUAGUGCUGCAGAUGAUGAUUUUGGUGACUUUAUGGGACCUGAUGGAGGUUUAGCAGAACCUGAUAGUCUUUCGUUUGGCCAACAUUUCCCAAAACUUUCCGAAACAUUGGGAGAGACACAGUCAGUGGCCAGUUUGGAACUUCCUGGGUUGGAGAUGACUGUUGGUCUACAAGCUUCAGAAAGUAGGGGAUCGGGUUCUGGUCAGUCUCCUGAUUUAUUUUUGCAGCCAAGAAGUGAAAUUGGUGGUGUAGAGGAACAGUUGAGAGGACUCACAUUGGAUUCAUCUUUGGUGACAUCAGAUACAUCAUCAUUGAAUGGAGGUGGCAUAUCACCAAAUGGAAAUGGUUCAGGUGGAAUUACCCAGUCUACAGGUUCACCUGCAGUGUUAGAUUCAUUUACUGGAGGACUUAUGGACAAAUACAGUAUCAUUAGAGAGGAAGCUUCAAAGAAUAGCCAUGAUGAGGCUCACACGGGAUCAUGGCAGCGCUGCUUAGAGGGAAGUGUGAAAUUGUUAGAACAUGGUCAUGGUAUCUUAACUAAACUCAUGGAUAAGAAAUUGAAGUCUGAGGUUCUUGCAACCAGCCAGAUGCAAGAUUAUUUAUUUAAUCUGCAGGAAGUUUGGUAUGUAUGUGACCGAAUUUCCAAGUCAAGCCAGCGUGUGACUACAAGCAUCAAGGUUGACCAGUUGUUAGCACAGGCAAAGUCUUUGUGGGAGGAAAUACUUCUUGAUUCAGAGAGCAGUUUGUCAAAGCAGGUGGAAAUGCCAGGAAGUGAGAAUCAGAUGAAUGAAGGCGAAGUGUGCGGCGUUUGCUUAGCUGGAGGCGGUAGCAAAUUGACAUACGGAGGUCACUCAUAUCAUCCCCCGUGUGCUAAUCUUUGGCUGAACUGUGUAGAUCUUCUUUUACCAUCUCUAACGCCUGUCACUUUACUUUGAUGCUAUCUAUGGAUGUAGUAUAUGAAACAAUAAGACAUUGGGCAAAGCCUGUGUAACCCCAUGAUUACUUGGUCUAUAGACCACUGUGUGGAAGCAACUUUACAUCUUGUACUUUACCCUGGAAGUACACCUGGUUGAGAUAAUCCUACUUGCCCAAUAUGUGCUCAAUCCUCAUAUUGUGCCUGUGCCAAUAGUUGGUUGGAUCAUGAAAUGUUCUUUCUCAACACACCAGCUCUGUUAUUGCAUGGCAGUGCCUUUGCACUCCACCAGUAAAGUGUGAGUUAAGUUUUACUGCCCUUCUGUGUUCUUGGACUUCAGUCCUUAUUCCCCUACCUGUUUUCCCCACAUAUUUGUCUCCACAAUUGCUGCAAUUAAGUGUACCCCCUACAUCAUCUGGAUUACUGUCUUUUCCUUCCAAUUUAUUUUUAAAUAUUUUGUUUUUUACGGUGUUAUCACAAAUUUAUAUUUAUCUUCAACUUUGAGGUAAUAUGUUUCAUUUUGGCAUAAAAGGGAGGUAAACAACAGUGCUCUACAAGAUUUUAGGCUGCUUAGCAUCAAGCGGCCUAAUAUCUUGUUAAAUUUUGAAGGAACAUAAAAGUUACUAAGAAAUUUUGUCAGGGGUGGAGCUCAGACACUUGACAAGGAGAGAGCCCUUUCACGUGUUUGGAGGUGUAAUAAGAGCUUGUGUAUAUUUUUUGGUCAGCAUUCCCACUACAAUUUUUGCCUACCACAUAUCACUUUGUUCCCUUUGACCUUAAUAUGGGCCAAGACGGUGAUUUGAGUUAAGAGAUAAUAGGAGAGGUAUGAGCAUUGAAGCAAUCUGGCCUUAAAACAAAGCAGACAUCUGAUCACCUGGGUGUGAGGAGGCAUUCAGUUCGUCACUGGGCUGCCAGAUUUAACAAAGGUGGCAAUCAUGAGAGUACAUCUCAGACAAAGUGCCCCAUUAUGCCUAAGAAGACUUCUGAUCAAAGUUUGACUGUUCUCAAGCAUCAGUUAGAAAGUAAAUGACGUGUGGGAAAAGUCAAACUUUGAUCAGAGGUUGUCUUAGGCAUACCAGGGUGCUUUUUAUGAGACAGAAUCUCAUGAUUGCCAUUUUCGUUAAAUCUGGCAAUCCAGCGUCGAACUGAACGCCUCCUCACACCCAGCUGAUCCAAUACAUAUCUGCUUUGUUUUAAGGCUAGAUUGCUUCAAUGCACUUAUCUCUGCUAUUAUCUGUUGACUCAAAUCACCGUCUUGGCCGGUAUUAAGGUUACGGGG